UCUCUCUCUCUCUCUCGCCCCUCUUCUUCCUCGGCUCUCGGCAUCCCUCAACACUCAGCAGCUCUCAUCCCGCGACGAGGACCACCACCACCACAGUCGGCAGAGCGGAGUCGGGCGUCAGGACCGCGCCAAAGCAGCCGCAUUUUCUCAGCGAUGCUUUCGUACUUAAGCAAUUAUAAUUGAGCGACACCGUCGUCUGACCAACUUCGCCCGUGUUGCUGCCUCGUGCUCGCUGAAGUUUAAGCCGCAAAGCGAGGCAUGAAGACACGCUCGCUGCUGUCCUCAUGAAUAUUGAUGGUUCAAGCGCUGCUUCUUUAUGUGCUGCGUCUUCUUUGUGCCUGCUCAACUACCUAGCAUGCUUUGCGGCUGCUCAAACUUGGAUGAAGAUGUCUGCUUUUGUUUUGAGGAUUGAGGAUGGCUCACUCACUUUUAACUUUAUAAACUUCUAACGUUGGAUUGAAACACACGAGAAAAGAUUACGUAUGUUGAGUGGGGUGAGUUCAACGAGUUUGUCACGGGAAGCAACAGCAUCUAGAAUGAAAGCGAAGUGCACCAAGUAAAGGAUCCUUAAGGUGUUCUCAAACCUUCUUUGGAGCAUCAUCUCGCGGGACGCUCUGCGGACAUGCCGCCUUUAUUGGACUGAAACGUCCCUCCGCCUCGCAGGGAGAUGGCGGCGGCCAUCGCUAGCUCCCUGAUCCGACAAAAGCGCCAAGCCCGCGAAUCCAACAGCGAAAAGGUCGCCACCAGCAAGAGGCGCUCCAGCCCCAGCAAGGACCCGAGGUCUUUGUGCGAGCGACACAUCUUCAGCGUCUUCAGCAAAGUCCGCUUCUGCAGCGGAAAGAAGAAACCGGUGAGACGGAAACCAGAGCCGCAGCUGAAGGGCAUCGUGACGCGUCUCUUCAGCGAGCAGGGCUUCUUCCUGCAGAUGCAACCUGAUGGAACCAUCAGCGGAAACAAGGACGAAAACAGCGACAACACCCUCUUCAACCUGAUCCCAGUAGGCCUGCGGGUGGUAGCCAUGCAGGGCGUGAAGGCUGGACUCUAUGUGGCCAUGAAUGCUGAGGGCUUCCUCUACACGUCUGACAUCUUCACGGCCGAGUGUAAGUUCAAGGAGUCGGUGUUUGAGAACUACUACGUCAUCUACUCGUCCACGCUGUACCGGCAGCACGAGUCGGGCCGAGCCUGGUUCCUGGGCCUCAACAAGGAUGGCGUCAUCAUGAAGGGAAACCGUGUGAAGAAAACCAAACCCUGCUCGCACUUUGUCCCCAGACCCAUUGAAGUGUGCAUGUACAAGGAGCCGUCGCUGCACGAGCUGGAGGAGAAACUGCUCAAGACGUCGCGCAGCCCAACCAUGAACAGCGAGGAGCGAGCGAGGAGCCCCGAUCGAGCGCAGGCGCAGCAGCAGCAAGAGGACGAGGAGGAGGACUGCACAGAGCAGGAGGGCUCAUAGCCUGCAGCGCUCCGUGCAGGAGGAACUCCCAUGUAACACUCCCACUGUUCAGCACCACGCCGAUGACAACAAAACGCCAUGACGACGGAAACUCCAACAAAAACAAAGAAAAGGAAAAAAAGAAGCAAAAAAAAAAAUCUGAAGGAGGGGGGGAGGGGCUUAUUUAAAAGUACGAAAGAGGACUUUGAUGAUGACGAUCUACAUUUUAUGCAAAAAGCCCCGCUGUGUCGGCGCCAGGGGGCUAGCACAUCUACUCUUCAUCGCCACAUCGUCAUCAUCACCGUCACCCGUGACAACAAAAUGAAGGAGCAAGCGCUGAGAACUGCCAAGCUUUAAGCCAUGUAGGAACAUCACGUCCUUUUAGAACCUACGCACUUUCUUUCAACUCACCAUGCUGCCGCUGCUUCUUCUUCUUCUUCCAAUCCUCUGUGUGCUUCCAUCCUGGUCAGACUUUAUGAUUCAUUAGUGACGUGUCAAAGAGGUCAAAGUGCGUGGCCUGCUUCAUGGAUUAUUGUCUUGUCAUAUUUUCACCACAGUUUGAUCACGUCGCAUCAAAUGUCACUGAAAAUGCUGAGACUGAAAGUUACACCAAAGUGCGGUGUUGACCCUCACAGAGCUUCCAUUUGUCUCCAUCACCAAGCAUGCUUCUGUCAUUUAUUCCAAAAUGUUUACACUACUGCGUCCUCUCAGACCUAGCUACUUGUGACGCACGACUUCAGUGUUUCCCAGUGUAGGGUCCGCCACGUGUCCACGACAACGGCCUUGCUAAAAUUGCUUAAAAAAAAAAAAGACCCUUGGAGCAGGGCUUCUCAACUGGUCUCAUCCUGGGACCUGCAUUUUCCCAUGGUCUUUAACUUUUAUCGAGGUAAAAAGCACGCUAAAUUACUUUUAGUUAAAAUAGCCUUCAAAACGCAUACAUGUCAUUUUUAAAGAAACAAAAAUACACUCAAUGACGUGCAAAUUGUAUUUCAGAACGCAAUAUUAAGAGGAAUGUCAAUGACAAAAAAAAAAUCAAUAUUAAAAUACUUAUUAUUUGUAUAUACCAAGGAAGAAGAUGCCAAUGAAAAAUAUAUUUUCAAAAUAUUAGCAUUUAAAAAUAAAAUAAAAAUAUACUUCAGACUAUUAGAAAAUUACAUGAGAAUAUUUCAUGUCAUUUUCUGCAAUUUUUUAUGUAUAUUAAUUAUUGAAAUUUAUUUAUUUUGAAAAUGUAUUGAAAUACAAAUAUUUUAAAUCACAUUAAAUAUUUGUAUGCGAUUUUCCAAUAGUCUGAGGUAUGUUUAUUUUUUUGUUAUAAUUAAAUUUUAAUGUAUUUUUUUAUUAUUUAAUAUUUAAUUGUAUUAUUUUAUUUAUUAAAUACAAAUAUUUAAAUUGUUUUUUUUGUUGUUUUUUUUUACUUUCUGUCGUUAUCGCACUUUUUGGGUGCCCACCAGUUGAGAACCACUGCCUAGCGUCAGUGGAUGAUACUGCAGUGUGCACGCGGGCCACUAGUGGGUACUGUGACCAACACAUUGCAAAGAGAGGAGUGGGUGUGCACGUGAUGAAAUGUUAAGUAUUGACAACAUUGAUUGUCCGUGGCACUACCGUAGCUCUCUAGGCUGCCAUUUUUAUUGUUGUUGUCUCAACCAUGCACGGCUAACUCCCUGCAAACGUCCUCGCUUAAAACGCCAUCGCUGUCUUAACUUUUUAACAAUUCACCAGUCAGUGGUAGCGCAAAGAGUCAUUAGUGUAAUCCAAAUUACAUUUUUUUGUUGCAUAACAUUUGAGCCUUGGCGUAAGGGUGCGUGAGACACUGGUUCGGAGGAUGAUCAGCAGAGACGUGAGUCGUUUAAAGACACUGGCGUGCAUUCGUGCUGCGUUCAGGGUCCGAUCAGGUGGAACACUUUCAGGCGUAAGUAUUGCAUGACGUGUUGGACAAAAGUUCCUUUUAAACAAUUGAUGAAGACACAAGCGAGUGGUGUGCAGGCAUGCGCUGAUGCAAAAUGCGAUGACAUGAUAACGCUGAGAAUGAUGAGACGGCGGAGGCAGCAUGUGUUCAACACAACUCUUAUGUUUUGGUUGUAAAACGACAAGCAAGUUGUGAAGGGGUGAUGAUGACAUCAGGCUCCUCCAAUCAGCCCGGCCCACCAGGAAGAAGCGACACGUCACUUUUGUGAGCGUCGCUGGAUGUCGGCUGAUGGGAGGACUCGACAUUUUUCGGUCAGCCAACACUGCCACAUUCUUCGUCUUGACUUUUACUUUGUUGCGUUUGACUCAAUGUUUGCAAGGUCAUUUGUGCCAUGUAUUAUUUAUAAAAUAUUGUCUUUCGCCAGGUAACAUUUGACUGUAGAUGACGUUAUGUAGCUGCAAGGAUAUUUUACCAUUUUUAGAUGUUGUGUAGCUGAAAGCAUCUUUGACCGUAUUUAAGUUAAUUUUGAUUCUGUGAGGAAAUACAACAAAAGUUUUACAUGGAAUGAAACCCUUACACAAAAAUGGCAAGUUUUUUUAUCUUUUCAUCCUCAUCUUUUUUCUCGUUUUUUCCAAAAACAAAAAGCUUCAUUACUAUGAGUAUUAGGGCCACAUUGGGGAAAAAAAACUGAGAUUUUGAGAGUGAAGUGGUGAAUUUACAAGAAUAAAGUUGUAAUAUUACGUGUCAGAGGGAAAAUAAAGCAUAGUAGCUCUUCGGGAAAGAAGGAAACAUUCCUCUUGCUUCAGGCAAGCUUUUAUUUAUAACGUGGCAGCAAAACAGAGCAGUUGAGCGCAAACACAUUAGCAUGUCUAGCAUGCCCUUCUCACUUCCGCCCCCUUCACAAAAGAUCACAUAAGUCCCCCCUUUUCAUCGCUGUCUCAGGCAAUGCCUGUAACAUAAAGUUACGAGUUUUUCUCGUAAAUUUACAACUUUAUUCUCAGAAUAUUACAAGUUUUUUCUUGUAAAUUAAGAAAAAAACGGCAUUGCCUGAGACACCUAUGAAAAGGGGGGACUCGUGGCCUUUGUCAAACCUGACUUUUUUUCCUCAUAAAUUUAAGUCUUUUUUCCUCGGAAAUUUCCCCAAUAUGUCCCUAAUACGCCGUCGUACUUUAGAGAUGGUAUGCCUUUCAGAAAAGGUUAAAUGACCUUUGAGUAACCUCCCAUCAGCCCGCCUCGGCUGACACGUGACGCUUCGGCACUCAAAAGGUUUUUCUUGUUGCAAGAGGGGGGGAAAAAGCAGACUAUUUGCAUGUGAAGCCGCCUAAAAGUGAGCGCACAGAUAUCAAUAAAUCCACCUGACAGCUGAAUUGUGAUGCAUGCUUUGUUGUUUGUGUCGCCAUUCUUUCAUUUGAUGGAGGCAACUCGCCCAUCAUUGCCAGUCCACGCCGCCGUCCACUUUUGGGACUGUACAUCCACCGUUUGUGAACGCUCCCCUGUUUUCUGUUCAGUCUGCUUCUUGAAUGGCAUCGCAGCACAAGGUACAUGUUUUAAGUGUACUGUGUGAAAGUCUGCACAAAAACACAGUACUGUAACGUAAGUCGGUUGUCGCUGAUGGCGAUAAACAAGUGGACAUGUUAGAAAGGACUCGCUGUGUGAGGGAUCGGCUUACCUGACAUUCGACAUUUUCCUCAGUUUCUAUCCAUCAGCCUGCUAAUCAGCCAGAGACCCUGGGGUGGGGUGAUGUCAUAACCAAGUGAUGGCGGCAGUUUGUCAGCCAUGUUGAAAUGUGCUCUCAAUUUGCACUCUUUAUUUCUGUUUUGUGUUUGCUAAUGUUUGCGCCUUAUCUGAGACACUUCCAUCUUAAUGCAUCAUGUACUAGAAGUAUCAUCGCAAACGAAGACAUUAUUGAAAAAUUAAACAAAAAAAGAAUGAUACAA